AACCACGUCUGAAACGAAUGAAUAAACACAUAUUUAAAUACAAUGAAGAUACAAGAUAUCAUAACAGAAGAUGGUAUUUAGUUUAUCUCUAUUUAUACGUUAAUUUCAGAUUUCGUCCUAACACGAGAAAUAAAUGGAGGCUCACAUUUCUCAUCGGUCACCUGAGUGCUAGUUGCUAGUUAAAAGUAUCACUAGUCCCAAGGGUUAUGAAAUCUAGAAAAAAAAUAUUUCAGCUAAAUUCAUGUGUUCUUAACACUUCAAUGUCCUCAAAAAGUGCAUACAUACGCUGAUGAAAGCCUUUACAUAAUAUAUUAUAUGCAUUAACUUUAAACGAUAUGACUAAUUUGGACUCAUCCUUGAGUCAAAACCCUGGAGUUGUUAAAUUCGGCAUUUUUAAAAAGAAACAUUUGAAAUAUAAAUAUAGAGAGUGGUAGUCAGUAAAAUCAGCACGUUGAGCACGAUAAUAAAUAUACACGUAUACAACAAUGCUACACAUUAAUGCAAGGUGAAGAUAACGAACAGUGAUCAAUCUCAUAACUCCUACAAGCAAUACAAAAUAGAUAGUUGGGCAAACACGGACCCCAGGACACACCAGAGGUGGGAUCAGGUGCCUAGGAGGAGUAAGCAUCCCCUGUUGACCGGUCACACCCGCCGUGAACCCCAUAUCCUGAUCAGCAAGACAAACAACUGAAAAUGGAUCCUUGUAACGAAAACACUGAAUGCGGAGAAAAACGAAAUCGCCCAGUGCUUCUGUCCUCUGAAUCAAAUGCGAAUAAAAAUAAAGAGAAAAAAAAACCUUCAAAAGAAAAUAUCCCGCUUGAUCGCACCACAAAAGAACCUCGAGAGGAAAAGAUAGAACAUAUUUACUCUGCGAGAAAACAUAAUCUCGAUAGGAAGAUAAAAGAACACGAUCAUACGUUAAAGAACAUGGACACCAUGGUGAGAAAUUUAACAACGAAAACGGAUUUACGAAUCAACAGGCUGCAUUCAGAACUAGUCAAAGAAAUUGGUUCAGUGCAGGAGAAAACGUCUUCUGCUUUACAAUUUAUUAAGGAAGAUGGAACCGAAUUGAAAAUAGCAAUGCGUGCGGAAUUGUCCCGGACGGCCAUUUCAGAGGAAGAGAAUCGAUGUCGUUUUAUUGAGACCAAUGGAUACAAAACGGUUUUCAAUAUACUCCAGGGUAACAAUAUGGUUAUUUUAACUGGACUUCCAGGUGAUGGCAAAACAUGUUUAUCUUACCACUGUGCAACUGAUUUUGAAAUAUAUAGGAUGAUGAAACCUUUUAUUGUACAGUAUCACGACGAUUGGAAAACUUGCAUUUCGCCUAAUAAAAACCUAUUUUUAAUCAUAGAGGAUUUCUGUGAAGAAGAUGUCUUUUCAGAAACAUUUUUUCAGAACGUUUGUCAUCAUCUUGAAGGAAUUGCAUCAAAUGUGGGGAUUGGGUGUGAUAAAUCAGCAAAUAAAGUAAUUCUUAAUCUACGAAAAGAAGUACUCCAACUAGUACGACCAAGAUUAGAGCAUCUUUCGGGGUUUUCAGAGGGCAUUAUAGUAGACUUGUCGCUGACAGACACGAAUUACAGUCUUUCACCACAAGAAAAAAUGAAAAUGUUGGAAAAGUAUUGUGUUCAUAUUCAUCAAGAAAGCAUAGAACAAAUAUUGAAUUCGGUUUCAUUUGGAUUUCCUAGAUUUUGUCAGUCAAAUGUAAAUCUAAACUAUCAUGUCCAAGGAAAAGAAUCAUUGCCGAUGAAUGCCUUCGAAAACAUGGAACCUGAAUUUCUUCUGGUUUUAACAGUUGUUUGUUUGAAAGGAGGCAAAGUCAGUGUUAACGAAUUGUCUGAACAGGUUUCAAAAUGGCCAAUUCUAUUUACCAUAUUCACGGAAACUGAACUGAGGUUAGGUAGAAACAUCUCUCAAAAAUUGGUAUUGGCCGCAAGACUCCUAACCGAUGUAUAUCUUUGCACAGUUACAGAAAGUGAGGGGCUGUAUGUCAAGUUUAAGCAUACCAACAUACACAAUAGUGUAGCAUCAUUUAUUUUGAAAAAAACGUCCUGAUGUUGUUUUUCAACUCGUUCCAUAUGAAGAACUAAAGUUUUUUCGAAAAUUGAUACUAUCUGACAGUAUCAAUGUCACUGAUGAACAAGUGUUCCACUUAGUUUCAAAAAGAAUUUCAUCAGAUCUAUGCUCUAAUGUUAACAUACAUAUCAUAGAAGAAAUAUCAAAUUUAGUGGAAUGGAACAAUGAUGAUUUUAUCAAUGCAUGUUUCAGGGAAAACGGCAACAUUUCCAAAUCAAUUUCAAAUCUGCAAUUACCAGAACUAGGACACUUUCUAGUCUGUGCAACGAAAGCUAAAGCAAUCGGACUUUUGAGGUUACUUAUUAGUCAUCUGCAACUACAAACAUUCCACAAUCUUUGUCAGGAAUUCGGAUUAAUUCUACAAGCGUGUAAAGUUGGAUCCAUAGAAAUAUUUCAGUUGCUUCGGGAUAUGGGAGUGGCAAUACACGAUGAUGGCCUCUUUCUCAAUACAGUAUUGGUACCUGCAACAGAACAAAAUCAAAUAUCUUUUUUGUCCCAUGUGAUUGACGAAUUUCCAAUGGCACUAAAGUUAAAGGAUCCCGAAGGAUUUUCACUUCUACAUUUAGGGGCAAAAUAUGCAUUGAUGGGGAUGGUGGAUUUUUUCAUAGGAAAGGGUUUCAAUCCAAACGAACGCUCAUACAGAGGUGAAACUGUGUUACACAUACUUGCAAUGCACGGAAGUAUUACCAAUGUCAAAUGGUUUUCUUGCAGAUAUCCACAACAUGUUACAAUGUUAACCACAACAGGAAAAUCUGUCUUACAUUACGCAGUCUCUAAUAGAGAUGCUGAAGUUAUGUUAUAUUUUGUUAGAGAUGUCAAAAUGAUACCCCAUGAAGAAACGUACAACAAAGAGACCCUGCUUCACCUUGCUUGUGAAAGUGGAAAUAGCCUCUUAGUGAGACACAUACUGGAUCUGUAUCCUGAAAUGAUGAAUUCACAAGAUGCUAAUGGAUGCACAGCCUUCCAGACAGCAUGCAUAAAUGGUGAUUUAGAAACGGUAAAAAUUCUAUGUGACCACCGCGAGUUUAGCUUAGAGUUACUAUCAACUGGAGAAAACGUCUUGGGCUCUGUUUGUAAAAGCAAACAGAUAGAUACCUUUACUUAUUUGUUGCAUGCAUUUCCGGAAUUAUUGAACGAAGAGUCAGGUGGGGGAUACACUUUAUUACACAUUGCGUCUGCUUUCAGUACUGUGUAUAUUGUUAACUAUCUAACAAAUCACGGUUUUAAUGUUCAACGACGAACCACCAGUGGGCGUAAUGCUUUGCAUGUUGCAUGUAGUUCAGGAAAUUUUGAAGUUGUGCGUUUCAUGACUUGGAGAUAUCCAGAACUUUUAAAAGCUGUAGACAAUGAUGGAUACGAUGCGAUGUUAUGUGCAGCUGAGAGCAAAUCAAUGGAGACCGUGAAAUAUCUUAUUGAUAAGGGGUACUUCAGGAAACAAACUUCACACUCUGGACAGAAUAUAUUUCAUAUUUCAUGUCGAGAAAGCACAGUUGAAAUAGUUAAGUAUUUAUAUCAGAAUUAUCCACAAGAUUUUGUCGAACCUGACAAACUAGGACAACUGCCUAUACACUUCAGUGCAAUGAAUACCUGUUUGCAAGUUAUUCAAUUUUGUCUAAGCUUGAAUGUUGAUGUGUACGCUACCUCACUGGUCAACAGAACAAUUCUUCACUAUGCAUGCAGUAACCGAAACACAGACGUUUUGAAAUAUGUUUUAAAAACUGUUCCUGGUUUAAGACACAGACGAGAUAUCAAUGGAUAUAACGCAAUCCACUGUUCUUGUGAAACCAAUAACAAAGAAGCAUUUGAAUUCCUCUUAAAAGAAGGUUUCGAGAUACAUUCAAAAACAUUUGAUGAUUUUACGGUUUUAGACCUUGCAUUUCUGCAUAGAAGCAUGUCCAUUGUAGCAACUAUAAUGGACAAAUAUAAGAGGGGAAAAUACGAUAAUUUUAUGGACAUGAUAUCCCAUCGUAUCGCUCAAUAUGAAAACCACAUUUUAGCACGAUUAAAAAAAUUUGAAUAUAUCGACUUUGCUGUGUUUCCUCUUAGAAGAGUUGAUACGAAGUUUAAAUAUUCGAAUGUGUCCAGUCUAGUGGACUUACACUUUACGAACCAAGAAAAAAGUGUCUUUCAAAAAGAAACAGCUGUGAAUAAAACAUUCAAACGUAUGCUCGCUCUUUCUAAGAUCGAGGAAGAAAUCGAUAUGACUUUUCAAGAAUUGUUGAUUGAAGUGGGACUUACUCAGGUUGAACUUUGGUAUAUCAAUUUAGCAUUCCUAUUUCCGGAGCAUAUGCCUGAUGCUUGGAUCAGCUCUUUUCUAGAAAGGAUCAAAUCAUGCGAAUUGAGCAGUGUGUUAAAGGCAGCUGCUUAUGGAAUAUGCAGAAAAUUCACCAAUGCAUUUUAUCGUGUACUAAGUAUCCAAUCUGUCUGGGCAGGAUAUACAUAUUCCACUCUGAAGGGACAUCUGAACAGCCAGUUGGACACAAUAGUUGUCAUUACUAAUGAAGAAAAUGGCAAUGUACAGUUAAAGAUGAAGGAAUAUCUUGGACUUAAACUUUAUUUUAGAAAUGCGGAUAAAUGUUCCCAUGAAGCCAAAGAAAUUAUGUGUUAUGAAAAUGAAAAUUUGUCUUCCAUACACUUACAACAAGAGGACAUUCAAAGAUUACUAUCAAGUCAUAGCAAUAUUACACUGAUAUCUGCUUCAUCUGUUAAAUCAAAAGGCUACGGUAAGCCCUAUCAAGAACCACCUGUUAAGCAACACACAAUAGUAAUUUACUGUAGAGUCAAAGGAAUAAUACCAGUCGGUGAGAUGAGAUUUCCUACUGAAAUUGGUGGGUAUCCUGUAGAUGUCCGAGAAAGUGUUGUAACUUUUGCGGCUGGACAUGAAGGUGUAAGGAUUGGUGAUAAAAUAGGACCAACAGAAGAAUCUAUUACUGGUACACUUGGUGGAUUUAUUGAUCUUGAUUUGGGGAAAAAAGGUUUCAUAACGUGUGCGCAUGUGGUGUGUUCCAAAUUUUUAGAUAAUCAAAACGCACUACAAAAUAUAGCCGAACAAAAUAUUUCUGUAGGUGUUGUGGAAGAAAAAGGCAAACGACGAAUUGGAAAAGUAAACAAAGCAUACUUUAAUUUGGAUCAGGUGACUAAAACCAGUAUUGAUGCUGCGCUUAUUGAAUUGAAUGACAGUCUACCUGAAACGGGGCAAUUUUCACUGAAAGUAAAGACAGAGGAUUAUAGAAAAGCAGGAUUUCAGCAACACCACAUCCCAUCUUUUUCAAAUGGCGAGAUCUCAAAAGUACCAGACAUCAACUUGAAAAUGUUUUUGAAAAUCGGCGCUGUUUCAGGUCUGACGUGUGGAUUUCUUCAUUUUAAAGACCCUGCAGCGGUAAUAGGCACCACACCACACAAUGUUUAUAUACAUAAGAAUAAGUAUGAAUUGCAUGGGCAGAUCGAAGUAAAACCACAUCGGUGUGAAACAUUCAUCGAGAAAGGGGAUUCAGGAGCUUUCGUGUUUUCUUUAGAGAUGGACGAUGCACCAAUACUCCGGUGUAUUGGAAUGGUUGAGGCAUUUACAGAUCAUGGAACAUGUCUGGUGACUCCGAUUCAAGACGUAUUAUCGGCUUUAGGCUUAAAUAUUUACCAUCUUACUAAAUUUGAAAAGGAACUUCAAGAACAUGAUAAAGAAGAUUUUCUGUCUCGUAUGUUUGCUGAUCUUCGAAGAAGAAUGGAAUCAAUGCAAAACGAUAUGCAAGAAAUGAAAAUUAAAGUUGACACCACUACUGAAAGUGUAUCCAAAAUUCAAACAGAUAUGUCUAACAUGCAGAACGAGAUGACCAGCGUUCACGAAAAGUUGGAUUUAAUCGACAAAUCUACCCUCACUACAUCCACAGAUGAUCCACAAAUGUGAGAUGUACAUGUGGACAUUAUUACAUUGUAAGAUUAUAAUCGGUAACGUAAAUAAUUUCUGUGAAUCUUUUUGAAAAUGGAAUUUGGACGAUAAUGGCAUUUCCCACGAACAUACAGUUAUUUAUGUUCCUACGUAAAUUGAACUCGCCAAGGAGAACUUUGCUCCGUUUUUUGCUUAGGCAGGCAUAACCAAGAACACAUCAUUGAAUUGAAAAAUUGUCAUUUAUUCCGUAAAUGACGAAAAACAGUUAGGGGGUCAGUUGACUAGUACACAGAAAAAUGGAAAACCCAUUAUCAUCACAACAUGGAAGCUGACCCCCUAGCACCAAAAAAUUACAAACAAUACUGCAUUUAUACACAAUGUAGAAAACUAUUUAGCUUAUUAGGGGGUCAGUAGAUUAUACCCUGUAUGUCAAACAAUUUGGCAUCAUAAUGUGCAAGCUGACCCCCUACUGACAAAUACAAUAAUAAUACACUAAGCAAAACCCAGUAUAAAUGCCACCCAAUAGCUGCCUGCCCACAAAAAAAGAUGGGCAUCCACCAACAAAAACGGCCAAAAUCCAAUGAUAAUUGGAUCCGCCCACCCAUUGUUUUAAACUUUAAUGGUUGUUGUAGAGUUCAUAUAAUUGUGAUAAGUAUAAUAUAUAUUAUGUAAUGUUUACAUUUUUACACUAAAAUUAUCUCAAUUAUUUGGAA